AAGUGAAUCAGGAUUUUUCGUCCGAGCGAGCUGUGAGCCUCGCGCCGGCUUGGAAUUUUCGUUGGCUCUGCCUCGCGACCAACGAAAAAUCGGCGGCCUAUGAGGCCCUUCUCCCCUCAUCUCCGGCAAGCGGCGGCGGCCACCAGCACCCGUCCCCUCACAGCAGCUCUCCUCAAGAAUUCUUCUGCCUCUCUUAUCCAUGGCCGGCUCAGCUUCAGCCACACAAACCACAGCGGGAAACGAGCAGGCUGGGCGGUGCGUGUGCUCCCGCUGACGGAGGAGAACGUGGAGAUGGUGCUGGACCAGGUGCGGCCGAGCCUGAUGGCCGACGGCGGCAACGUGGCGCUUCACGAGAUCGACGGCCUCGUCGUCGUGCUCAAGCUGCAGGGCGCCUGCGGCUCCUGCCCCAGCUCCACCAUGACGCUCAAGAUGGGCAUCGAGACGCGCCUCCGCGACAAGAUCCCCGAGAUCCUCGCCGUCGAGCAGAUAGUCGACACCGAGACCGGCCUCGAGCUCAACCAAGAAAACGUCGAGAAGGUACUGGAUGAGAUCAGACCAUACCUUUCUGGCACCGGAGGUGGAAGCAUCGAUCUUGUCCAGAUCGAUGAAUCUGUUGUCAAAAUUCGGAUCACAGGACCUGCAGCAGGUGUAAUGACAGUUCGUGUAGCUGCAACACAAAAACUGAGGGAAAAGAUACCAUCAAUCCUGGCUGUUCAGUUGACAGAGUAGAAACAUGAGUUCAGUUAUGCAUCAAUCAAGAGAACAAAACUUUGCUUUU